UCUGCUCCGUACACCACCGUUGUCCAAGAAAGCACAGAAGGCUGUGACGGAAUGAACGUCGCACAUUGAGGGACCGUUCCCAUUCGUUUCUUUCGUAGCUACGGUGCAGUGAAAAGCCGUGUUUGCCAAGCUUGUACGGUGUGAAUGUGAAUAAGAUUCAUUUACGCGCGGCACGCUAUUUACUGAACUGAACGAACGAAGGGAGUGUCCCCGGUGUCUGUCAAUGCCUAUACCUAUCGCGCGUCUUCCCGUUCGAGCAGUCUUUGUCUGGACAUCGCAAACUCAUUAUCAGCAGCUGCUGCUUCUCCUAGGAUUUUCUACCAAUCGUCCUCAACCGUAUCACUUAUAGCAGUGAAACAACAACAAAAAAGCACAUUGGCUUAACUGAGAGUGUGUGUAUGUGUGUGUGUAUUUUUCUGUGUGCUGUGACAGCAAGAAUCUCGUGUACAGAGUGUUGGUGGUUUUUACUGCAAGACCGUUGUGAAACAAGAGUCUGCAAAAUGUGAGAAUAUCGCUUAUCGUCGAACGUCGCAGAGCUGUAAAUGUGUCGAGUGAGGUGGGCAGAAGAAAAUGGUUCUGCUUUAUUAGUGAAUCUCUGUCCCAGAUAGUUCGAGUGUUUGUGAGUGAGCCAAGAGUAGAAUUUUUAAUGUGUGCUAAAGGAUGCUAAAGGAAGAUAUAUCCUUAAGAUCUAGAAGUGUACAGGCUGGACAAAGUUGAUCGUAAAUCGCGCACGAGAAAGGAAGAAAGUGAAAUAGAGAGAAGAGUGAGUUUUGUGCAUUUAGUGUUCGAAGGCGUGUGAGGGUGUGAAUGCGUGUGCCGAUUGUGUGUAGAAUGGCCCAAGGAGUUGACCACAAUUGAGUGUGCGUGUGUGUGUGUGUGUGUGAGUGAGUGUAUGUGACCACCGUGUGCGUGCUGGUGUUUAUGUUGUCUAUGCUACCGCUGGCGGCUGCCGAAUGGCGGCAGAAGCAGCAAAGGGAGCAGAAUGAGCGGCGUCUACUGUAGCAGUUGCAGUUGGACAGCCCGCACUAGUAGCACAAGACGGCACCACACUACCGGCGACACUACCACCAGCAGCAGCAGCAGCAGCAGCAGAAGCAACAGCAGCAGCGGCAGCGGGUGCAUCCACUGCCGGCGUCGUGGGCAGCCAUCCUCCUCCCAGACAGUAGUGAAGCGGUUGAUGCGAUUUCAAGGGCUGCAUCAUCGAUCGCUGCAAUCGACAGCCAUUGCAAGUACCAACGAUACUACCACUAUCACCAAGACCGACGACAGCAUCAACAACAAUAGCAACAACUUCUUCCAUCAGCACCAGCACGAGCGUCGACGACACUAGCGGUCAUGUCGCAGGAUACUCUCGCGGACUGUUCCCGCUACAUUCUGCAGGUCUACGUCGGUGCACUGUCCCUGCAUUAUGAGGCGCUUAGUGUGGAGGCAUCCAAGCAGACCACGGCCGAGGAGAUCGUUUCCUGCAUCGUCGAACGGCUGGGACUAACGGGAAACAACUAUGAGCUGGCAGAAGUGGCCGGCGAGUGCAAGGAAAGGCGACUUUCCGCGCACGAAAAGCCCGUCUCCGUUAUGCUGCUGUGGCCGAUGCACUCGGAGAAAGAUUUUCAUAGAUUCUAUCUACGUGAAAUACAAAGCGACGUUCCUUGGCUAGAUAGUUAUGGACUCGAUCCACAGAUACUUAGAGACUUUAUACCGUUUCUGUUGCAGAAAGAAAAUAGGGAAUAUCCUGACCUGUGCCAACUACCAGAUCUUAACGAAGCAACGCUACUCGAGAACCUUCGCCAGCGGUUUGAGGCCGGCCACAUAUACACGUACGUCGGCAGCAUCCUGAUCGCAGUCAAUCCGUUCAAGUUUCAUCCCAUCUACAAUCCAAAGUAUGUGCGGCUCUACCAGAACCAGCGGAUCGGGCCGAUCCUGCCCCCGCACAUCUUCGCCAUCGCGGAUAACGCUUACUACAACAUGCUGAAGGAAAAACGAAACCAGUGUAUCGUCAUCAGUGGUGAGAGUGGUUCCGGCAAAACCGAAAGCACCAACUUCCUGCUCCACCAUCUGACGGCCCUCUCGCAGAAAGGUGCCCAUGGGUCCGGCGUAGAGCAGACCAUCCUCAGUGCCGGACCCGUUCUGGAAGCGUUUGGCAAUGCGAAAACGGCGCACAACAACAACAGCAGCCGUUUCGGCAAGUUCAUCCAGGUAAACUACCGCGAGAAUGGUAUGGUGCAGGGCGCUGUGGUACAGAAGUAUCUGCUCGAGAAGAGCCGAAUCGUCUCACAAGGACACUACGAGCGCAACUACCACGUGUUUUACUAUCUACUGUCGGGCGCAACCGAUGCGGAGCGGGACGCACUGCAUCUGCUGCCAGCGGAAAAGUACCACUACCUGAACGCAAAGAAUCUCACGCUGGAAAACUGUGACGAAAAGUACGAGUUCUCACGCCUGAAGCAGAGUAUGGAGAUGGUUGGCUUUUCGGCGGAGAAGCAGCGGCGCCUGUUCAACGUCCUGUCGGCCGUGCUGCUGCUCGGUAACGUCGAGUUCUUCCCGAAAAAAUCCACCUACCACCACGACGAGAGUGUGCAGGUACGAAAUCCGGACGUGGUGGGACUAAUAUCGGAGCUGCUGCGCGUUAAGCAGGAGACACUGAUGUCGGCGCUCACGUCCAAGCGCGUGAAGGCCAGCGGCGAGACGCUGAUCAUGCAGUACAAGCUGCCGGAAGCGAUUGCGGCCCGGGACGCGCUAGCGAAGUGCCUUUACGGGGCGCUGUUCGAUUGGAUUGUGCUGCAGGUGAACCAUGCGCUGCUGAACAAGGACCAGGUCCUGCAUACGGGACACUCGAUCGGCGUGCUGGACAUAUUCGGCUUCGAGGAUUUUGGGCCACAGAACAGCUUCGAGCAGCUGUGUAUUAACUAUGCGAACGAGCAUUUACAGUAUUACUUCAAUCUGCACGUGUUCAAAUACGAACAAAAAGAAUACAAACGCGAGGGAAUUAAAUGGACUGAUAUAGAAUUUCUAGACAAUUACGGUUGCUUGCAGCUGUUUGAAUCGAAACCUUCCGGUUUGUUGUGUAUACUGGACGAUCUGUGCAAUUUUCCCGGUGCCACGAACGAAACGUUGCUGCAAAAGUUCAACAGUGUUCACAAGGAUAACGCAUUUUACGAAAAGCCACAGCGCAAAGAAAACGCAUUUAUUAUAAAGCAUUACGCGGGCAAGGUGAAAUAUCAGGUCGCCGAAAUGCGUGAAAAGAAUCUCGAUCUAAUGCGGCAGGAUAUUGUGAGCGUGUUGAAAAACUCGAGCAUGGCGUUUGUUCGCGAGCUGGUCGGAGCCGACCCGGUGGCCGUAUUCAGGUGGGCCAUUUUACGGGCCUUUUUUCGCGGCUAUUUCGCAUUCCGGUCGGCCGGUAUUAAGCAUCGCAAGGAGCGGGCUGACAUGUCGUACAACAAGCUGGCCACCAAGACGCGGUACCGUGCGCCGAACGAUAGUAUCGUGAGCCAUCUCGUGACGGUCUCAUCGGUGAAUCUAACAAUCAAUCGAAUUGCGAAGCUUUUCUGUGCACGGCGUCCGGUACGGGAUGCUGGUAUGCUGGACCGGUACCGCAACUAUUCGACAAAGUCGGCCACGGCCAAAGGGGGCCAGAGGGAGCGCCGCAAAAAUUGGCCCAAACGCAUCAGUAACGCCAUGAGCGAUAUUACAUCGGGCCAUAGUAACAAUCAGGCCUGCUCGCCCAACAGCAAUCUCGCCUACCACCGGCAGUCCCUUGGAAAUGCUGGAUAUGGUGCGGCCGGCGCUGCUUCACCGGGCGCAACCGGUGGAACACCUCGCCGGUCGUGGUCGAGUUUUGCGUUCAACAACAAAAAUUUUCCCGACGGCAAACUGAACUACGAGUGCAAUCAACAGCAAGAUCAAACGCCCCAGUACCACUCAAAACACCUACAAUCGACGGCCUCUUCGUCAUCGUCCAUCUAUGGCAGUGGUGGAGGUGGCAAAUCAUCGGCCAAUGCAAAUUCUUCCGCGAGCGGUGCUCCGAACAGCGGAGCAGUAACUGGUACUGGCAGUGGCAAAGGAUACGGACUGGGAUCGGCAGCGGCGCGUAAUCGUUUCGAACGUUCCGGCCAGGACGUAAUGGCCCGGGCAUCUCAAAUCGUAAUGAAAAACAAAUCCUUUCGUCCACGCGAGCGACCGAAAAAGGGACUAAAGAAUCUUCAGUCGGUAAAAACGCUUUCAGCUGGCCAGAAUCUGUCGAAUCAAACCUCCGCUAUCAAAACACGUAAACAGCCACUUACUGUGACCGCCCAGUUCCAGAACUCUCUGAUCGCGUUGAUGGAAACCUUAAAUCAGGCAAACCCAUUCUUCAUUCGAUGUAUCAAAUCGAAUCCGAAUAAAAUACCGAACCAGUUUGACGAUGCCACCGUUACGCGACAGCUUCGCUACACGGGCAUGCUGGAGACGGUCCGCAUUCGUCGGGCUGGUUACAAUGUACGUCUGACGUACGAAGAGUUCAUUCAGCUGUACCGCAUCCUGCUACCGAAGGGCUUGGUCAGCUCCCAGAAAGAUGUGCGGGACUUCAUGAGUACGAUGGAUCUGAACAAGCAGCACUACCAGCUCGGGCUGACCAAGAUCUACAUGCGCGAGUCGCAGAAGAUGCGGCUGGACAUCUCGCUGCACACAAAGAUCAUCGACAGCAUUAUCUGCAUUCAGCGCUGGUUCCGGGCGAUUUUGCAGCGGAAAAAGUACUGCCAGUACCGGAACGCGGCCUGCACUAUCCAGUCCUACUGGCGCGACUAUCUGCGCGAGAAGCAGGAGAAGUUUACGCGCAAAAUACGCAACCACGCGGCUACGGUGAUCCAGGCGACCUGGCGUGGCUACACGGUACGCAAGUGGUACAGCAAGCUAAAGACGGGCGUGCUGAUCAUUCAGGCGCGCAUCCGUGGCAAUCAGGCGCGAUCGCGCUUCAAGGAGCUGUUGAGCAAAAAGUUGCAGCGAGAGCGGGCCAAGCUACGCUCCACGCAAAGCCUGCCCGUAGAGCGACCGAUCGGAACGACGGCUGCUAGCGGAUCGUACGGUGGAGGUGGAGGAGGAGCAGGAGGAGGAGGGUCUACGUAUCCCGAGAUUGUGCAUGCGAUCGAGCAUCGGAAGAAGCCGAUCCCGGCAGUGGGACGCAGCUUCGAGACGGCCAUUGAUAUAGUGAACAAAAAUCGGGCACUGUUCGCUGACGACAGCAUGUCCGCGGACUUUAUCGACGAUGACGAGGACGAGGAGGAAGAGGAGGAGGAAGAGACCACGGGCAGCCGGCAGGCGACGAUCACUGCGACAUGCGGCGAGGAGGAGGAAGAUGAGGAGGACGAUGAGGAGGGUUACGAGGAUCUUGGUUUGGUGGACGAUCCGCAGUACAUGGCGAAUAACCGAUCGGCCCUGAUGCAUCCCGUUAAGACGGCUGCCCCUGUCACAACGUCACCGACGGUAAAUAGCGCACUAUUAGAUAGGAAUGAAAAGUACAUCAAAAGUCUGGUCAUAUCCGGUGGAGGAGGAGGAGGUGCCGCUGCUUCCUCUUCGCCGUCGGCAGGAGGCGGCGGUGGAGGGAACGCUUCCAGUGUCGGCAGCAGUGUAAGCGGCGCGUACCAGAAAGCGCCGCUGCAGCGCCAAGAGGACGUGCUGGACCGGCCGCUCCGGAUGUACGACAUCGAGCGGGCGAGCAAGAGCACGUUCGACGAUACGGAGCUGGCCAAGUAUCGGUACGAGCGGGGCGGCGGUGUGAGCAGUACGGUGAAGCUGCCGGUGCGACGCGUCGAUUCGGGCCCGUCGUCGGUGGCAGGCAGCGGCACGGGCAGCGGUGGAUCGACCAUGGGUCGGCCAGGGAUUCAGCGGUUUCGCUACGGUGAUACAGCGUCGUACGGCGGCAGUGGCAUGAUUCGAAAUCAGAACCACAGCAAUAAUAGUUAUAGUAAUAGUAAUGUUGAAAUCGUGUUUGUAAAUACCGGACUAGAUAGUGUCGGGGCGCCGGCAGGAUCCGGUGGUACCGGUUCCCUUUCGUCGUCCCCGGCCGCCAGGAAUCUCAAUCGAAACAGCAUUAGCAGCGGAACGCUUACCCAAACGCAAGUACCACCGUCGCUAGCGAGCAGUAUGCGGCGGGACUCGUUGCCGCUGAGCCAUCACCUGGGCACGCGCACGCCGGGAGACGAAAUUAACUCCAACUAUCAUAUGCAUCAGCAACAGCAGCAGCAACAGCUGCAGCAACAACAUCAGCAGCAGCAGCAGCAGCAACAGCAGCAGCAGCAACAGCAGCAGCAUCAACAUCAACAGCAGCCGCUAUCGCCAUCUUCCUCUUCCGUCGCUUCGCACCACCAGCAGAGUCAAACAGGCUCCCCAAUUUCCCACUCGCCUCAGUCGCUGUCGUUGGUCGGCUCGGCAGGUCACAUCGGAAACUAUCAGAAUCUGCAGUUCCCGCCGACCUCCAACUACCACCAGCACCAUCACCAUCACCAGCAGUCGGUGUACAACAAUAAUGCGCAGCCCGUCAGCACGGGUGCCAAAAUGGUCACUUCGACUCCUUACGGCGCCGCCGGCAGCAACAGUUCGUACGCGACGGGAGCCUCGGCCUCCGCCAGCAGCCAGCGCGUAUCGGCAGCCUAUCCGGACGAUUUCGCACAAAACUAUUACACCACGACGACCACGACACCGAAGGGUAAGGCGGCCGCACUGCUCGGCACGGCCAAAUCGGAGGACAGCGCGGUAACGAACGCUGGCCUCGGCCAGUCGAAGUAUCCGCUGGAUCGAGCGACGCUCGCCAAAGCGGAUAGCAGCGAUAUGGUGCUGUCGGCUGGCAACAAAUCAGCGAUCAAUCAAGGCGCCGGCAACGCUAGCGGCAGGCGCAUCAAGUCGACGAAUCUCAGUGAGGAGCAGCUGGUCGGUAGCUCGGGUUCCGCCGUCAGCUACCAUCCCGGCACGGGGCUGACACGGCGCGGUCCCGUCGGCACGAGUGCGAGCGGCGGUAGUGGCAACACGAGCAGUACCGGUGUCGCCGGCGAUACGCUCAAGCGCCGCAACUCGGACCCGACCAACAAAAUUCCGCUGCUGGAGGUGAACCGGGGCAACGACAUGUACCAGUCGAGCACGCGCAUCAACAUCGCCGGCCACCAGUUCCGGAAGGUGCAGCGUAUCAACAAGGCGGAACGGUGCGCCUGCUGCCAGGAGAUUGAUUCGUUCGUGAACGAAGGCUACCGGUGUCUCGACUGCAAGGUGCUGGUGCACACCAAGUGCAUUCAGAACGGGGGCAUCAAAUCGCUGCAGUGUGCGGUGGCCAAGCGCUCGAAGCGCAUUCGCACGGGCGGUGCCGGUGGCGGCAGCGGCGGGCUCGGCGGGUCGUCGAGCAAGCACGAUAAGCAUCACCCGAUCGGGGGCGGCAGCGCCAGCGGUCAGAAGAUUUCGUCCACGCGCGAAUACACCGACUCGACCGACAAGAUUAUCAGCGAUGCCAAAGAGCUGCAGCUAAUGCAGGACUUCAUCACGCAGAAGAUCUGCAAGAUGGAGAGCGACUGCGAGAAACCGUCGGAGGUGGACCGGGUGUUCAAGCAGGCGUUGCGCGAGUUCAAGGACAACCUGGUCGCCCAGUACAGUGUGGCGCAUCGGCAGAACUCGGACGUGCUGAACAUCAAGUACCGGGAUCUGAUCGCCAACUUUGAGCAGGUGAUCGAGACGACGUCCGGCCGCAAGAACGACUUUCCGCUGACGAUGGGCGUGAACGCGUUCCGCGGGUUUAUGAACGAGUUUAUGAACUCGCGCGAAACGGAAAAACCGAAAACGAAGCGAAAAAAGGAUAAGAAGCGAAAACACGACGAUCAUACCACGUUCAACGGACAUACAUUCCAGUUAACGAUACUCAACAUUGCGACGGCAUGUGAAAUUUGCCAACAGUUUCUCCUGUGGCCAAUUGAGCGAGGACUGGUGUGCCAAAAUUGCAAACUUACCUGCCACAAAAAGUGCUACCAAAAGUCGGCAUCCUGCAACAAGAUCGCCAACGCGGACCCGAACUCGCUGCUGGGCGCCGGUGGCAGUGGUUCGGCCGUGGUGGCCGGCGGCUGCGGCCCGGACGGUCAACCGCUGUACGGUGGUGGCAUACCGACGAAGCUGUUCGGUGUACCGCUGACGGCGCUCUGUGGCAACAGCAGCGACGGGGUGAAGAUACCGGCCCAGAUCAACAAGCUGAUCAUGAUGAUCGAAAUGCACGGUCUGUACUCGGAGGGCAUCUACCGGAAGAGCGGCGUCAGCUCGAAGAUCAAGGACCUGAAGGCGAAGAUGGACCGGGCAGUGACGAGCGCCGAUGGCGGCGGCGGCGAGAUGGACUUCGAGUCGUACAACGUGCACGUGCUGACGAACGUGCUGAAGUCGUUCCUGCGCGAGAUGCCCGAACCGCUGCUGACGUUCGAUCGGUAUGACGAUUUUCUGCGUGCCGCCGAUCUGUCCGACGGUAGCGAUCGCGUCCAGACGCUGCUGUCGCUGGUGAAGAAAAUACCGCCCGCCCAUCACUGUCUGUUCGAGCGGUUAAUCUUUCACCUGGCGCUGGUGGCGAAGCUGGAACAGUACAACCGCAUGUCGGCCAGCUCGCUGGCGAUCGUGUUUGCGCCGUGCGUGCUGCGCACGAACCGGUACGUGCCGGCGCAGGACAGCCUGAACGACAUCGGACGCCAGACGAAGUGCAUGGAAACGCUCAUCACGCAGAAGAUGCUGAACGUGAAGAGCACGCUGGCGGACAUCGACACGCUCGACACGGCGGCGCACACGGCGACGGCCCGGCUCAGCACGCUGCGCAGCAGCAAGGUGUUUACGCAGGAGGAGAUGGCGAAUGCGCGCGGCGGCAGUGGCAUAGCGGUGGGCGGGCUGCUCGAAACCGAAACGGAGGAGAUGCUGCUGGAGGGCCACAUACAGGAGAUCCGGAAGGAGAAGGCUCUGCUAACGUCAACGCUGCCGAGCUUGGCGCGCGCCAGCUCGGACGACGAUCUGCUCUCGACCGAUCUGGACGGCGAGGGCGGCAGCCUGGACGAUCUAAGCAACAGCAAGGAGAAAGACCUGGACGUGAGCAGCAGCGGUGGUGGUGGUGGCGGCGGUGGAGGAGGAGGAGGAGGAAGUAGCAACAUGAUUAGUGACAGUGGCAUCUCGAUUCGCUACCAGGCACCCUCGGAUCACGGAGGUAGUAGUAAUAUUAGUCUUAAUAAUGACGUCCCGAUGGCUGUGAGUUAUUCGUUACGUGAUCAGAGUGGAGCGGGCGGUGCAGGUGGUGGUGGUGGUGGUGCCACCGCCGCCGGGAUGGAGUACUUCCACAAGAUGGGUCCUUCGUCCGGUGCGAGUCCGGCACCCGGCGUGAAGACGAAGUCCCUCUCCCACCAAACGCUGCUCGAGCGGGAAGCCUUCCUCCGGGGCAGCGGUUCCACCUCUGUCUCCUUGCCGCAGUCCCCGACGGCCGCAACAUCGGUCACGGCGUCCUCCACCCCGUCGUCGUCGGCAUCAGCCCCAUCGAUGAUGAAGUCGCAGCAGCAGAAUGGAAACGGCGCCAACGGUAGUACCGGUGGUGCCUCCGCGGGAGGCGCGAGCGCAGCUGGCAGCGGUACGGGCGGCGGUGGACCAGGAAGCGGUGGUUCGAUAGCAUCGACGGCCACCAACAGUGGGGCUGCCGGCAAGCGUGCCAGCGACAUCAAUCUGAGCCAUUCGAUGAUAACGCUCGCGACGACGUCCCACAGCCUGGGCGGCAGUACGACGAGCAACAGCAGCAGCAGCGGCGUCGGUGGUAGCUCCGGCAGUACCGGCAGCGGUAGCGACCUGCAGCGACAAAAGCCCAUCAGCCGGAGCGUCUCCGGUGGUUACGAGGUGAGCCACCAUGGCUCGACCGUGUCGGGCUCGGCGUCCGGUUCGACGCACGCAUCGACCAACCACCGGAUACUGAUACAGGCGUCGUCAGCGCUACCGAUCACGCCCGGUGCCACCAUCGCUGCCUCCCCGUCCGGAUCCGGCUCCGGUGCUACGUCCACGUCCGCCUCCAGUUCUUCCAUCAACUCCGCGAACCUGCACGCGAAAGACAAUAAUGGGAUGGGCAAGGACGGCCUGUCAUCGAGCGGUGGCAGUUCCUCCACCACCACCACCACCACCAAAUUGGUGUCUCGCCGGAUGUCCGCCGGCACUAACAAACGGUCUGGCGGGGGUGCUGGUCCUUCCGGCGGUUCGAACAGUGCUGCCGGUGGACCAGGCCCGCCUGCCGGUGACGAUGAACCGAUCAUGGUUUGAAAUGCACAACGGAGGCGCCGCUUACACGGGUGGUGGGGAACGGUGGCGCAGCAGGAACGAACAGCAGCGCAGUGGUCCUCGACUUGCAGCAUCAUCCUGCACCUGGGUCGCCCGAUAGGAGGCGAAUCGAUCGAUACGAUCGAAAACGUGGUGUCAUACAGCAGCACAGCAGGACGACAGCGGUGAACACGGAGUCACAAACACACACACAACUCUACAAGCUUAAGUUACGAUGCAUUAAUCUCCCUUUGCGACGGAAAAGCGAAAAAAAAAGCAUAUAGCAACCAGUACGCUCCAGCACUAAGUGUGUUGGUAUGCGUUUUUGGAGGGUGAUUCGCGCGCGCAAUCACAGUCAGUCAGCGAUGAAACAAGCGAUGCGUGGUGCACCUGCGAACGAACCGUGCAACAGAAGCGCGACUGUGCGUUAUUCGUGUUAUAUAUUAAUUAAUUUAUACCAAUCGAUUAUAUUAGCAGCAGUAGUUAUAGCAACAGAAGUAGUAGUAGCAGCAGCAGCAGUAGCAGCAGCAGUACGCGAAACGAAACUGACAAACGGUGUGAAUGAAUGUGGAUAUGAUAAACAUUUGAAUACUCCUAAUGCGUGUUGCGCAUUUAUUUAAUCCUGUUCAUCAGCCACAACAACAAACUCCACUUUCUACGAACGGCGAAAAGAACGUUAGGAUUAUAACGUGAAGUAGAAUAACAAGAAGAAGAGCAUAUAUUCUCGCAAUUAGUUUUUGUUUUGCUUCGUUUUUGUGUGGCAAGCUUUUUUGGUAGAGGAUGUUUGGCAAAAUUCGUAAAAUCAACGGACCCGGAACUUGACAGCGAGAAGCAGAAAAUUGUAUUAUGGAAACUAAUUCAAUUUUCAUCAUGACUAAAUACACACACUCACACACACCCACACAACAGGGAAAACGCUGAAGGUUGAGUUGGUAACGAAGCAACAAAGCAAAUGCAAUAAGUCAAAUUGUUUAGGGGAGAAUGUGCUAGGAAACUAUAGAAAUACUAGAAUGUUUAACAAACAACAACACUCAUACACAAAAAAUGCAGAUCCUCAUUUGCAACUUUGUGUGACUGUCUGUGAGUGUGUGUGUGUGUGCGUGUGCGUGUGUUGAAGUCAUUUUCGGCCACUGAUACAACAGUAGAAUGUUUUCACACUCUACACGUGAAUUGCUUUAACUUAUCCUCCCGUUACAGCCUUUUGCUACACGGUGUGUAUCGGUCCUCCUGCCGGUCAUCUAACGAAUGUGUGCAUUCAUUUUGGUGUGGCUUUCGAGUCACCAGAACAAAUUUUACAACUUAUCACUAUAAAUAUGUACAUUUAAAACGAAUAUUUUGUUUAGCAAGUACACACGCGUUACAUGUGUUAGCAGCACAUGCACAGAGGCGCAGAGAUGGCCCCAAAGAGGGGGAGCGUGGGUCGUAGUUGCGAGUGCAGUAGUCCCGCAAAACUGCCCCCAUCUCCACUCUUUAACUCUCACCCUUUUCCUCGUCUCCCUUCCCAGCACUCCUCUCUGCAACUUCUCGUCCCGCUUUUUUCCCCAGCGCUUCCACAAACCCCGACUCCUGGGGGUCGAAAAGAGAUAGAAGAAACAAUGGAAUCUGUGAAUAGUAGUAAUAAUGAUAACGCUAAGGAUAGUAACGCCCUUUUGGAGAGAGUGAAUACGAUGAUUGCUCUACGGUUAUAAUGAUAUAUUAUUUUUCCUUGUUUUCUAUUUCAUCUACGUGAAACAACUGAAAAAUCAUCUAGUUAAAAGCAGAAACGGCCUGGGAUUGGCAGGCGGGCUGAGCGAUGAAAGAUGGCGCACGCACAAUAACAUACGCUGUAAUCGGUGAAAUCUGUUCACGUUCAUUUAGUGCACCUAUUAGUGGUGUGCGUGUGAGUGGCCUUUAUUGUAGUCGUAGCGGUGGAGAAAAGAAAAUAACUGGUUAGAAAUAAGGAACGGAAAGGAAUCACCACACACAUACUACUACACACUCUUAUUUGCAACUUUUGCGAGAAAAUCCACGAAAAUUCUGUAUGACUCGUCUCAUGAAAAUAUGUAUAGAGGAACGCGUUGAAUGUGUGAACCGUUUUCCGAACGAACUGUCUGUCGGAUCGGAGGAAUUCGACAGCGGGCAAGAAAAGGGUGGGCCCGCACUAGAACCGAAAUAAGAAGAAAUUAAACAAAUUAUUCUGUUUUUUUUCGUUUUUUUUUUCGCUUUGCUUCUGUAUCUUUAUCCUUUUUAUUAUUUGUUUACUUUGAGAACUUAAUCGUUGUUUCUUUAUAUUUGUCUGUUCUAUUGUGUUGUUUUCAUUGUGUUGAUGCUUCUUUUCUGUAGAUUUUUUUUCAAUUUGCACUCUUAAAGGAAAGCAUUGAAAUGUUUUGUUUUUGUAUUUUAAGUUCAAACAAUUUUUCAUUCGGGGCAAGUAUAAUUUAGUAAUUACUAAGCUUUGUUUUAAAUAUUUUUAUUUUUUUCUAUUUGUAAUAUUUAUUUUUGUUUAUCAUUCUUUUCUUUUAUUAUUUUCGCAGAAUAUUCAGAAGAAAAAAAACUGAACAAUUUACAGCUAUUUUCUAGCUAUGCUGCGGAUAAUAUGUUUUUCAUUACCUUCCCGCCGUUUUCCACCGUUUGCAUGGUGUAGCUACUGCUGCUACUGCUGUUGCUGCUUGACAUCAAAAUCCACGAUCUCCCCCUUGAUCCAGAAUAGAAGAACAGCGAAAUUGCGCUCGGGAAAAAAACAUAUAAUGCAACAAGUACACCGAACUCGAAGGACACCGAUAACACAAACACAUCACUGCAAAAAUGAGAAAGAGAGGAUGAGAGGCAGGAAGGAGGAGGGAGAACGAAGACAGUGAGCUAAAAACGGAAGCUAAACAUACCACCGUGAAACGAUUUUGCUAGUAACCUAUACCCCCUUGGCAAGGUUAGCUGCAGACAGCAGACCAAACAUAGCGGAGAAAAAUAAUGAAACAGAAAGGGGAAAGUAGAGAAGGUGAAUGUUAUAAUGAAGAAGAAAACAUAAGAAAAGGCUGUAUUGUGAAGAUCCUAAAACUAAAUGGUUCCAAAUGUCUAACAAAUGUAAAACAAAAACAAACAAUUUUGUAAUUAAGCUACACAUAUGUAUAAGGAACUUGUAUAUCUCAUAGAAAAUAUUACACCUAUUUGUAUCUAAACCCCAAGGCCAGCAUGGAAGUAUGGAACAAAGUAAGAGAGAGAGAGGAAGUAGUAAAAGAAAUAGAACAAAAAAAGUAGGCAAAACAUGCAGAAACCGUUUGUAAAGAAACAGAUGGUAGUAAAACAAAGUCAAACAUGCAACAUUACCACCACCACACGUACAUACACACGUAAAAUAAAACGUAAAACAGGUGAGACUACAGAGCACACAGCGGGAGGAACAGGAACGUACGUUCACCCACCACACUCAUCCGGAAUGUUCGCAGUUGAGAUACAUGUUGUUAAAUUGGACAACAUUUGAUCGCUGCUUAUUGCUUGAUUUAUGUAAAAGUAUUGCGCUUAAUCAGAUGCUUGGGUUUAGUUUUAAGUUAUUACUGUUAGAGGAAGAAAAAAAAAGAUCACAAGAGCAAAAACAACAAGAUAGGAAAUAGUUAGAUUAAUGACAAACACAAGCAAACGGAAUGUUUUAAACAGGAUAAGAGUAGAGAGCAAUGGAAGAAAGAACAGAAAGUCAAAUCAAACAUCAAACCAACAUCAAUCAGUUGUGUACAAUCAAAGCAAAAUGACUUUACGCGUUUAAUUUAUGAAACGAAAGGCAGGACAACAAUUUAACGAAUCAAAACAAUAAAAAGGUAGAAAGGAAGGCAAUAGUCUAGCAAAACUAAAUAGCCAAUGAAAUCAUGUUGAUUUAAACAACAGUACAGCUUUUGGUUAUAUAUGUAAGGGGUUUAGGUUCAUUUGCAUUCGAGGGCAGGUUGAUUAGAACAAACCAACCAACAAAACACCGAUUUUCGUUAACAUUUGAGGCCACCGUUAAUUGUAGAAGUGGGGGAAAAGUGUAGCGUUAGUAGCGAGGCCAACAUUUCCAUUACCUCUCGACCGGUUGUUAGUAAAAGGUGGUUUUAAUUCUCCGUGCCACCGACAGAAGGAAGAAGGCGUUAAUCCGAAGCAAUGCAGCAGUAGUCAAAGCGUAAGGAAUGGCAAAGCAAAGUUAAUAGGGAAUGAUUAAAGGAUACGGUAGUCUAUAACACCCUGGUGUUGUUAGGUUGUUAUUAUGUUAUGGUUGAAAAUAGUUUUAAAAAGACUGGUUUUGCUUCACCCAAGGUUGAAAUGGAAUGUUGAAGUUAAUAAUUACAUACAAAUGUAUGGUUUUGCUACCCACCCAUCCACACACAUCUGUUUUACGUGGCCUGUUUUUUAGGGCACCGUUUGUUGGAACAAAAACCGACACUCCGGCAAUCGGUUGGGACAUAGACAAACCACACGCACCGUGUUUGAGUAACGGUGUAUAGACUAGCGGGCAUAUAAGCAGAGAGAAAAGCACGAGUUAAGUUUAAUACAAAGUAGUAAAAAAAGAAACAGGAAACAAACAGAAGGUCAAACAUGUGCCGUGUCGCAUUGUGUGAUCAGCAACGUUAUUGCAGGGAACGAAACAUACAACAAACAAAUGGGAGAAAGAUGAAACAAAUAGUACUGUGUCAUAUACAUAACAGCGAAACAAGGAGAAAGAAAAAACACAAAGAACACAAAAACACAUAUGCAAAAAUCUAGAAACAACACAAGCAAACAAAAAGUGGCAGAAAGGUAAACAUAUGCUUAGGGAGAUGAUGAAAAACAAAAGUAACAACACAAUCAAAGUGGUUAACGAACAUAAAAAAAAAACUGACGACUUAAGAACACAAAACAAACAAAGAAAGUGAAACGGCAACAACAAUGGAUAAACUUUGUAAUUUAUAUAGAAGAAAUAGAACAAACCGUUAGGGCAAUCAGAACAACAGAAUGAUAAUAGUGUUAGUGUGUAAUAACUCCAGCGAUAAGUUUCUGUCUCUCUCUCUCUCUCGGUGGUCGCAGGAAGGAGAGAACGUGACAAACCCGAUAUUGUUUUUUUGCAUUUUUUUUUAUUUUUGUCCAAAAUUUUCAACUCUCUUUUUAACAUAUACAAAUAAACGCUAUAUAAAAUGUAAUUUUUCCACGGCAAGCGUCACAACAAGAAUCAAAACCGCAGAAGCUGAUAAACAGGAAAUUUAAAUUGGAUUAAAGCAAGAGCAAGAAUUCACGGUGUAUAAAUCUGGAUAUGAAAAGAAGCAAACAAAAACCCAAAAACGAUACAAUGUGAGGUGUAUAACGGUAAAAGGAUGAUGUAAUGUAGUGUCGGGCGAGCGAAAUGAAUAGAAAGAAAGAAAUUAAACCAAUAGAAAGGGCAGGUGAAAGAGAAAAAUAUUUAUAUCAAUGUUGAACAUAAAGAAAACCAACACACUUAAAACAAAUGUUUGCGAAACUUAUAGCCAAAUGGAACAUUUAAACAAUGGUGUAAAGAAAGAAGUUACAGAUUAUUUAUCGAACAGAAACAAAAACAAAAAAACAAAAAGCAACAGAUACAACAUUGAAAGAGCACGAGUAUAGAGAUAAUGCAACUACAGACAAAUUGUAGAGAAGUAAAGAGAUCGAAACGAUCGCAUGAAACUUCGUGCGAAUACCAGCCAACAACAAACGCACACACACACGCGGCAAAGAAGGAAAAGAUAAAACCUAUUUAAUAUUAUAUAUAUACACUGAAAAAAACACACAUAUAUAUAUAUACACACACACAUACUUAUAUAAAAAUGCCACCCAGGGUGGUAUUGAAACGAGCGAGCGAAAUAAAACAGAACAGAACAGAAACAAAAAACAAAACACGACGCAGAGUGUGAGGAGUUGUGAGAAUGAGCGAUUUUCUUUUACUUCUUCCAUUAGUCCGACACAUCGUCGCCACAUUAUAUCAUCAUCAUGAUUCUAGUUGUUUAUUGUUUAAGAACCGUUGUUGUUUAUGGGAAAUAUCGAAAAACCAAGGAUGAAAUUAAUAAAUAAAAGCAAACAAAACA